GAGCGGUCGAACUGGUUGAAGAGCGGCCAACGGUCGUUUCGGAACGUUUGGGCCGCCGCGCCACCGAGGUUCGUUUGAAUUCGGGCGCGCUCGGACGCCGAACAGCGGCCCGUCGACCGGCAGUCGCGCUCGUACCCGGUCGGUGUCAUUCGUCGGAAUCCGAGCGAGCCGCCGCCGCCGCCGGAACGUUUGACUCUGUGAUCGUAUUGCCACUCGCCGCCGCCGCGCGCUCACACGCACACACACACACGCGCACACGCGCGCGCGCACACGCACCACAAUCAUCCGUAUCCGUACGAACGAUCGCUUCCGUCCGUAUGUUUUGCUCCUGCUGCCGCCAGUGGUGACGUUUAUUGUCCAGCGGACGGUGUGAGACGUGAUUGUGCGUAGUGCGUGUGUCGUCACCGCCGCCGUGUCACCGUCGCAGGUGUAUUACACACAGAGCAGUCCGCCGAUCGUCCGUCGUCGUUUGCGCCCGACGUAGGACCGUUGUCGUCUCCGGUGAGACGCGUUCGCCCACACUUGGCUCUUCGUCGUCGUCAUCGUCGUCCGCAACGAUGGCCGGCAACAUGGGUAUGGAACAGUUGAUACCCAUCGUCAACAAACUCCAAGACGCGUUCACCCAGCUGGGCGUGCACAUGCAGCUCGACCUACCCCAGAUCGCGGUGGUCGGUGGUCAGAGCGCUGGUAAAAGUUCUGUGCUGGAGAACUUUGUGGGCAGAGAUUUUCUUCCGAGAGGUUCUGGAAUUGUAACUCGACGUCCUCUUAUUCUUCAGUUGAUUAAUAGUUCAUUGGAAUAUGGAGAAUUUCUUCAUUGCAAAGGAAAAAAGUUUGCAGAUUUUGAUGAAAUUAGACGUGAAAUAGAAAGUGAAACUGAUCGUAUGACUGGAUCUAAUAAAGGAAUUUCAAACAUUCCAAUAAAUUUAAGGGUGUAUUCUCCUAAUGUUUUAAACAUCACUUUGAUCGACUUGCCUGGCUUGACAAAAGUACCAGUGGGUGAUCAGCCAGCUGACAUUGAACAACAAAUCAAAGACAUGCUGUUCCAAUUUAUCACAAAAGAAACUUGUCUUAUACUGGCUGUUUCUCCAGCUAAUGCCGAUUUGGCUACUUCAGAUGCCUUACAAAUUGCAAAACAAGUUGACCCAGACGGUAUGCGAACUAUUGGUGUCAUAACAAAAUUGGAUCUGAUGGACGAAGGAACUGAUGCUAGAGACAUAUUGGAGAAUAAGCUUCUACCUCUCAGACGUGGUUACAUUGGUGUAGUAAACAGAAGUCAGAAAGAUAUUGACGGCCGUAAAGAUAUCAAAGCUGCUUUGAGUGCAGAAAGAAAAUUUUUCUUGGGACACCCAGCUUACAGACACAUGGCUGAUAGACUUGGUACACCUUAUUUGCAAAGAGUUUUGAAUCAACAGCUCACAAACCAUAUUAGAGAUACAUUGCCAGGGCUUAGGGAUAAAUUACAAAAACAAUUACUUACAUUAGAAAAGGAUGUCGAACAGUUUAAAUAUUUCAGGCCAGAUGAUCCAGCUAUUAAAACUAAAGCAAUGUUACAAAUGAUUCAACAACUUCAAUCUGAUUUUGAACGCACAAUUGAAGGUUCUGGGUCUGCUCAGAUAAAUACCAAUGAACUAUCUGGAGGUGCUAAAAUUAAUCGUUUGUUCCAUGAACGUUUCCCAUUUGAAAUUGUGAAAAUGGAAAUUGAUGAAAAAGAAUUAAGAAGAGAAAUAGCAUUUGCCAUCAGAAAUAUUCAUGGUAUAAGAGUGGGCUUAUUUACACCUGAUAUGGCAUUUGAAGCUAUUGUGAAAAAACAAAUUGCUAGAUUGAAAGAACCAUCAUUGAAAUGUACCGAUCUCGUUGUGAAUGAAUUAUCUAACGUAGUUAGAAUUUGUACUGACAAGAUGUCCAGGUAUCCACGUUUACGAGAAGAAACCGAACGUAUUAUUACAUCAUAUAUUCGUAAUCGUGAACAAAUGUGUAAAGAACAGUUAAUCUUAUUGGUUGAAUGUGAACUAGCCUAUAUGAACACAAACCAUGAAGAUUUUAUUGGAUUUGCAAAUGCACAACAGUCAUCUGAUAACUCCAACAAAACUCACAAGCUUGGCAAUCAAGUGAUCCGUAAAGGAUGGAUGUGUAUACAUAAUUUGGGCAUUAUGAAAGGUGGAUCUAGAGAUUAUUGGUUUGUAUUAAUGUCUGAAAACAUCUCGUGGUUCAAAGAUGAAGAGGAAAGAGAAAAAAAAUACAUGUUACCAUUAGAUGGAUUGAAAAUCAAAGAUGUUGAACAAGGUUUUAUGUCACGUCGUCAUACAUUUGCACUAUUUAAUCCAGAAGGCCGUAAUGUUUACAAGGACUAUAAACAGCUUGAACUGAGUUGCGAAACACAAGAUGAUGUAGAUUCUUGGAAAGCAUCAUUUUUACGUGCAGGUGUUUAUCCAGAAAAGUCAUCAGAUGUAUCCAAUAGUGAUGAGGAUGGUCGUGAGAGCAGUACAGAAUCAACUACAUCUAUGGAUCCAGUUUUGGAAAGACAGGUGGAGACUAUUAGAAAUCUAGUUGAUUCAUAUAUGAAAAUUGUUACAAAAUCUUGUCGUGAUCUAGUCCCCAAAAUCAUUAUGCAUUUGAUCAUAAACAACUCAAAAGAUUUUAUUAAUGGAGAAUUAUUAGCUCAUCUAUACGCAUCUGGUGAUCAGUCUCAAAUGAUGGAAGAAAGUGCAGAAGAGGCCGUAAAACGUGAAGAAAUGAUGCGUAUGUACCAAGCAUGUAAAGAAGCAUUGAGAAUUAUUGGUGAUGUUUCAAUGGCUACUGUUACCACACCAGUUCCACCACCAGUCAAGAAUGAUUGGCUUGCAUCUAGUCUUGAUAACCCAAGGUUGUCUCCACCAAGCCCCGGUGGUGCUGGACGUAGAGGAGUACCUUCUAACCCAACACCUGCAAAUGCUGCAUCAAGAGCACCUCCACCACCUCCAGCUUCAGGAAGACCAGCUCCAGCUAUACCUAAUAGACCUGGACCUGAGCAAGGACGACAACCUCCUGCUCCACCUGGUCGGCCUGGUGGUCAAGGACUUCCUCCUCCUUUAAUUCCUUCGCGAGGAUCAAUGCCACAAAUACCGCAGCGUGUACAACAAGCGGUCGGCCAAGCUGUGGCACAAGUAGCUGUCAAUGAGCUUACCAAUGCUUUUGCCAACCGUUUCAAAUAAGCUGUGUAUUUCACUUACUAGAUGUAUACAUGGCAUGCAUGCGAAGAAAAUGUCUAAACUUGAUUUAUCUUCUAUUUAAGAAGCAGGCGAAUGCCCAAAAAACAAGACAUAACUUUUUUAUUUAAAAAUUAAAAAAAAAUAAUUUACUAUAGAUUUUAUUAUCUAUCCUGCUUAGGUUAAUUUAUUUACAAUGUUUAAAAUAUAGUCUAGAUGUGAUGUACGUAUGAAAUGUGAUUCUUAGUAACUGAAUGUUUACGCAUAAACUCGAUUUUUUCUUUUGUUAUGUAUAUAAAAUAAUAAUAUUAUUAUUGAAGGCCUCGUUAUUUAUUAAUAUUUUAAGACAAAGAGGUCCUGUUAUUGUUAUUAUAAUUUAUUAUCAUUCCAUUUAUUACAUUUAUCUAUUUAAUUUUAAGUGAAAUUAGGGGUUUUCUGUUUUUUUUUUUCUAAAAUGAAUCCCUAUAAACAAUCACAUUUUAAGUAUGUAAUAUGUAUUAUGUAAUCAGUUAUUUUAAUUAUUGAGCGGCAUUUAUUUUUAUAAAGUCGAAAAGGUUAUAUUUUUAUUGUCAGUAUCCAAGAAUGAAGUUAUUUAAAAUUAAUUCAUAUAUUGUUAAUUAUUUAGUUACCAGAGUUCCUGAAGUUAAAUACAGAGACUAGUGUAAUUAUAAUAAGUAAUAACGAAUGGAAAUUAAUAUAGUGAAAAACAAUUUUAUUCAAUGCAAUGGUAUAUUAUACAUUUAUUUGUUGAUAAAUUACUUUUAGACUUGGCAAAUUAAUAAUCUUAAAAUUCUUAAAUAUUUUCAGUUAAAAAAAGAUAAUAUAUUAUAACUAACUUAACUAUAUCCUACCUAAUUUGCAAUAUAUUUGGCUUUGCACUUCUGAAUCCAUAGUGUGAUUACUUUACAAUAUGAUAGUAUAUUGUAUUAUAAAGAGUAAUAAUUGGAUGUUGUUUAAAAUAAAAACUUAUAUUAAACAUAUUUUAUGUCAUCGUUAUUGAAAAAAAUUGUUAAGUCUUUUCAAUUGUAUUAGACAAAGAAAAAAAGACUUUGAAACUUUUAUAUAAUAAGAUAAUCAUUAAGUGUAUGUUACAGAAUAGGCAUUUUUAGGUUAUAUAUUCUGAUUGUAUUGUUAAGUCAAUUACUUUUUUGAUGAAAUACGACAUAAAUAGUUGUUUUGUGUUUCUAGUAAUUUGAUUGCUUUUUAAUAUUAAAAUAAUCAUUUAAGCGAUUUUUGUGAGCGAGCUAAAACCACAGUCGUCCACUUAACUUUCGUGCAAUUUAGUAGCUUGCAUAACAUAAUAUUCAUACACGUGGGAAACUUCCUACCCUCUAUGUAAUGUUACCAUCACAAUACUUUUUUGUAAUACGAUCUUUCAUAAAUGUUGUUAAAAUAAAUUCUUUAAAUUACUGCUGUCAUUAUCACAUCAUAACAAGACUGAACAAUUGCAAUUAGACUAUAAGGUCAAUUCACAAUUCUCUGUCACUCUGCGAAUUCAAAAAGAUUUAUUGAACUGUACCGAUACCUUGCAGAGAGUAACCCGAAAUUGAAACCUAUCCUAAAUUUGAAACGUCUAAGAUCGUUUUAUACUGUAUUUACACGUCGAUACGUGUAAAAUUCCUUUUAUGGUUUUUUUUUCUAAUGGUGCCCACACAUUGUAGUGGUGGUGAUGGUGGCGGUUGUGCUAAAAGGAGUUGGGAGUCCGGACACAAUUUUACCGCCACCGCCGAGACAAUUAAAAUUUUACCACCACCGCUGCAGUGUGUGGGGACCUGAAUACUGUAACAUAUAUAUAUAUAUAUAACAAAAUAU